AUGCGUGAGGAGUUUGACGCCUUGCAGCGCAACCGUACGUGGCAGCUUGUCCCGCGGCCUCCCCGUGCCAAUGUCAUCAUUGGCAAGUGGGUCUUCCACCACAAGACUCGCCCCGACGGCUCUCUCGAGCGCUAUAAGGCGCGUUGGGUGGUGCGCGGCUUCCGCCAGUGUGCCAGCGUGGACUUCACCGACACCUUCGCCCUGGUUGUCAAACCGGGCAUGAUUCGCGCUGUCCUCCAGCUUGUUGUUUCUCGCGCCUGGCCAGUUCACCAGCUCGAUGUGUCCAAUGCUUUCUUGCAUGGCCAUCUCGACGAGCAGGGCACCGCCACCGCGUACCUCCUCCAGUACGUCGACGACAUCAUCCUAACUGCAUCCUCGCCAGCGCUCCUUCAGCAGAUCACAGCUCGCCUCGGCACCGAGUUCGCCCUCAAGGACUUGGGGGCUCUGCACUACUUCCUCGGCAUCGAGGUUGUGCGACGGGCCACUGGCUUCUUCCUGCACCAGCAAAAGUACACAUACGAGCUUCUGGAGCGAGCGGGCAUGCUUAACUGCAAGCCUGCUCCUACGCCUAUCGACACGAAGGCUAAGGUGUCCGCCGUCGAGGGUUCUCCGGCGUCUGACGCUCCCUUCUACCGCUCCAUCGUCGGUGCUCUUCAGUACCUCACGCUGACGCGUCCGGACAUUCAGUACGCUGUCCAGCAGGUGUGCCUUCAUAUGCAUGCUCCUCGUGAUACUCAUUGGGCUCUGGUGAAACAUAUUCUUCGGUACAUACGUGGCACCACAGCUAUGGGUCUCACCCUGACGACAUCACCUGACACCAGCCUUGUCGCCUACUCCGACACCGACUGGGCUGGGUGUCCCGACACUCGACGCUCCACUUCCGGCUACUGCGUCUACCUCGGGCCCUCUCUGAUUUCGUGGUCAUCUAAACGACAACCCACGGUCUCACGAUCGAGUGCCGAGGCUGAGUACAGGGCAGUGGCCAGCGCCGUCGCGGAGUGCUCUUGGCUAUGA